ACAGACAGCAAAAGGCUGAUCCGGCGUUUCCGCUCCGUUUGGGCGCUACGCGCACUGCAUGCCCGCCCAGGUAUUGCAGUUCCUGAGGCCACGGGCGGUCGCACACGGGCAGGGGCAGGCGACAAGGCGCAUGAGAUCAGCAGAGAUCGCCGCCAUGGCCGCGCGCGAGAGGGACAGCAGGGACCGGGAGCUGCUCAUCCUCCCGGUCUCCAGCGAGCCCGCCGUCGGUGGCAUGAUGUCCGCCGGCGCCGGCGACGACUCCGAGCCCACCACGCCGGUCAUGAUCGCCCCUCCGCCGGCUCGCUCCCACCACCUCCACCACCCCACCGGCAUCGAGGCCUUCUCGAGAUUGAUACGCAGCUGGACGUGGAAGAAGUUUAUGAGCGGAUGUGUCAUCCUGCUCCCGAUAGCUAUCACAUUCUACACGACCUGGUGGUUCAUCCGCUUCGUCGACGGAUUCUUCUCGCCGAUCUACAUCCAUCUCGGCAUAAAUGUCUUCGGUCUGGGUUUUGCCACUUCUAUCACUUUCAUCUUCCUCGUCGGCGUGUUCAUGUCGUCGUGGCUGGGCGCCUCACUCCUUGGCCUCGGCGAAUUCUUCAUCAAGAAGAUGCCGCUGGUCCGCCAUAUUUACUCUGCUUCCAAGCAGAUAAGCGCCGCCAUAUCGCCAGACCAGAGCUCCCGAGCCUUCAAGGAGGUGGUGAUCAUACGACACCCAAGGAUAGGCGAGUAUGCGCUGGGGUUCAUCACGUCGACGGUGACCCUGCGUGGCGGGAGCGGCGACCAGGAGCUCGCCUGCGUCUAUGUGCCGACGAACCACCUCUACCUCGGCGACAUCUUCCUCAUGAGCCGCGCCGACGUGAUCAUACCGGACCUGUCCGUCCGGGAGGCCAUUGAGAUUGUUCUCUCCGGAGGCAUGUCAGUGCCGCAGAUUAUAUCAGGUGUGGAAGGGACUGCCGUUGGUGGAGACCAUGUUCGAGCAGUGAAGGCUCCUUAGGAAACCUUUGACAGUAGAGCUGAAAAGCAGCUCUGAGUUGGACCUGUCGGUUGUUCUUGCAUUCAGUGCUUAGCUAUUCUCUUUUCAGAUUGAUAUGUUUAGGUCAUAGGAAUAGACAGGAAAGGAUUUCCAGUUUGAUAAGAUGCACCGAGUAUUCAAGUUGGCAAGCCUUUGCUGUGUAAAAAUCUUUCAGUACGAGCUUCUAUAUCAACAGUCGAACAGCAUAAAUCUUGCAGAGGGAAA